ACGUUAUCUUGGUCCAGUGGUUCUGGAGGAGGCAGAAAUGGAGCCGCUUCGGAGUCUGUGCUUCUUCCUUACAGCACUAUCGUGCAUCCAGUUGGCAUCUGGUGGCACUCUACGCAGCCAGAUUGUUGGAGGACAUGAAGCCACGCCUCACUCGCGACCUUAUGCAGCAGCCCUGAAAGUGGAUGGAAAUUUUGGCUGUGGAGGGUUCCUAAUCGCCCCCCAGUGGGUGAUGAGUGCCGCCCACUGCAAUGGAGACAUCUCAGUCAUUCUGGGAGCUCAUGAUUUGGAUGCCGUAGAAGAUACCCAGCAAGUGUUGGCAGUCGAAAGCUCCCACCCACAUCCAGGGUAUAAGAUCGUGUACGGCACACCGUUUAAUGACAUCCUUUUGCUGAAGCUGGAACGCGAAGCUGAGCUCAACCAGUACGUCCAGCUCCUUCCUCUGCCGAAGACCGACAACUUCCUCCCCAAGGGCACGCGCUGUUUUGUAGCGGGAUGGGGCCGCAUCGACGCCAGGUGGGCACCUUCAUCCAAACUGUUCGAGACCAACGUCACCACGCCCAGCCGCAGGACAUGCCUCCAGUUCUUCCCAGAGCUCACAGACGAGAUGAUGUGUGCGGGGAACCGCGCCAGGCUCUGUGAUGUCAGCAACGGGGAUUCUGGAAGUGCCUUGGUGUGCAACGGAGUUGCCCAUGGAAUUGUUUCCUAUGGCUUUCAGGUCCCACCGUCUAUGUAUUCACGGGUUGCUGCCUUUCUUCCCUGGAUCAAGGAGGUUAUGGGGUGAGGGCUGGAAAGGAGAUACUUCACAGGGUUGUUGUGAAAGAGAAACUUAAGUAUGUAGUACAUCGCUCUGGGCUCCUUGGAGGAAGAGCGGGGUAUAAAUGUUAAAUAAAUAAAUAAACGAACAAAUAAAUAAAUAAUUUUUAAAAAACCCCA